UCCAAAAGCUUCAUCUCUUCUCACACUUCUCAGAUCUGAAGAGUGAUAACUAACGGUCCUAUUCCUCUCUCUCUCUCUCAAAAUGAGUUUCAUUAAACUUGUUGUGUUUCUCUUCCUUCCUAGUUUAUCAACUCUGCCGGCGGCUGAAGCUUUCCGGCGACCUGGGUUUCUUUACACCAGAAACAGAGGUCUCUGCACCCCACAGUUCUGGAGUAGCCGAAGGGAUGAGUGGCCGAAGAUGGUCCGACCGGAGGCGACGGUUUCGAAUGUGUUUGGGUCAAUGACAUUCGAACGAUAUCGGUACGAUUUGACUCUAAUGGAGGCUGCGGAGAGAAAUGAUGAUGUGGAGAAUACAUUCGUUAGGUUAUUGAAAGAAUCGACGGCCGCCCUUCUCAAUUCCUAUGCUCGGAAAAGCUUCCCUCUUUCGCCAUGGGAGGUCAAGACGUCACUCAUUCAAGCUUUGGUUUCUCAAGAAUCAGCAGCCCAUCAGGCCCAACUGUUUUCUUUGGCUAAUCAAUCAUGCAAUUAGCCCAACCCCAACUCCAGCCCAUUUAGUUUUUUUUUUUUUUUUUGUAGGGGGGAAAGAAAUCCUUACUGGGAUUUUUUGAUUUUAUUGUGAAAUUAGAGGGAUGGGAUUUGUAAGGUUGUGAGUUCUGACAACUGAGUAAUUAUUCUAGUUGGAUAUCUCUAUUUUA